UUCGAGCUUCAGUCAGUCACCGGGAGUCAAAGUUGUUCGAUCUGUGCUUUCUCAAGUGGGAGAAAAGGGAUCCACGGAACCGUGGCGUGGGCGAAUCCCGCGGCAGCCAUGAAGAUCGAGGAGGUGCAAUCCACGACAAAAACUCAGCGCAUCGCGACCCAUAGCCAUAUCAAGGGCCUAGGGCUUGCCGAGGAUGGAGCAGCUCAGCCAGUUGCAUCUGGACUCGUUGGGCAAGAGAAGGCCCGGGAAGCAUGCGGAAUUACAGUAGACCUAAUCAAAUCCAAGAAGAUGGCGGGCAGGGCGCUUCUCAUGGCUGGAGCUCCUGGCACCGGCAAGACAGCCCUGGCUCUCGCUGUUGCUCAAGAGCUGGGAUCAAAGGUGCCUUUCUGCCCGAUGGUCGGAAGCGAGGUCUACUCUUCUGAGGUGAAAAAGACCGAAAUCUUGAUGGAGAACUGCCGUCGAGCCAUUGGGAUCCGAAUAAAGGAGACCAAGGAAGUAUACGAGGGCGAGGUGACAGAACUGACACCCGAGGAGAGACCUGAUCCCACUGGUGGUUAUGGAAAGAAGGUAACUGCAGUGAUGAUUGGGCUGAAAACAACGAAAGGUCAAAAGACCUUGAAGUUGGCGCCACAGAUCUAUGAAAGCCUUCAGAAAGAGAAGGUCACCGUUGGCGAUGUAAUCUACAUCGAAGCAAACAGCGGUGCCACACGAAGGGUGGGGCGAAGCGAUAGCUACGCUACUGAAUUCGAUCUUGAAGCGGAUGAGUACGUGCCUGUGCCCAAGGGCGACGUGCACAAGAAGAAGGAAGUUGUACAGGAUGUAACCUUGCAUGACUUGGACCAGGCAAAUGCAAAGCCUCAAGGGGGCCAGGAUUUGCAGAGUCUCAUGGGAAGCUUUUUGAAGCCGCGAAAGACGGAAAUUACCGAAAAGCUGCGGCUUGAGAUCAAUAAGGUCGUCAACAGGUAUAUAGAUCAGGGAAUCGCAGAACUGGUACCUGGUGUGCUCUUCAUUGAUGAGGUGCACAUGCUGGACAUUGAAUGCUUCACGUAUCUCAAUCGGGCUUUGGAGUCCACACUCAGCCCGAUCAUCAUUUUUGCUACCAACAGAGGUAUUUGCACGAUCCGUGGCACUGACAUUGUGUCCCCUCACGGCAUCCCAGUUGACCUUCUGGAUCGGCUUGUCAUCAUAAGGACAAUGCCCUACUCAGUGGAUGAAAUCAUUCAGGUGGUCAAUAUCAGGGCCCAGACGGAGUCUCUUUCCGUUGAGGAGGACGCCCUCGUGUUGCUGGGUGAGAUAGGUGCAAACACUUCUCUCCGAUACGUGGUGCAAUUGUUGACUCCGGCGUCAAUCCUCGCCAAAACUAAUGGCCGGGAGGCGAUUGUGCGAGAAGACAUCGAGGAGAUUGACUCCUUGUUCUUCGAUGCCAAGUCUUCGGCAAAGUUGCUAGCUGAGCAGGCAGACAAGUACAUAUCCUGAGACACAGGGUGCUUCUGCCUUCUCACUUUUUGUGCACGGCAUGAUAUUUAUAUACAUGUUCUAUCAGCAACUUCUGCCUGUUUUGCAUAGUUUGAUUAUAUAGUUUGAUUGUUUC